AUGUCAACUUCCCAAAGCCCCAACGCUGGGGGUAACCCCAGGUUAGACUUCAACCCCGUUCCUGGUCGGGUUACUGGCAAUGAUCCCAGGUCCGAGGGCAGCUACUGGAGGCCAUAUGGCUACUACAUGCCUCAGUUCUGGGUAGAUAAAUUGAUUUGCGAUUGCCCAAACCACAAACAACAAUACCACUGGCCUAUCCAUCAUGCCGAGCUCGUAUUCUCUCCCUGCGCAUUCAGGUGUCCCUUCUGUGAUGAGUUCAACAAAGCCGAAAAACCAAGGCUAAUGGCCGCGAACCUCCGCCGCCACAUCACAAAGACGCACAUUGAAGGGAAUCCCGGUCGGUUUGGUACUCUUGUGGUCAAACCCGGACUAAUCGGAGGAAUGGAGCAACCUGCCACUCACGAAUCCUACCUGCGUGGCCCGCCAAGAUCGGAUUCUCCGACUUGCUGA